CCGAAGGGACAGGAGUUUCCCCGAGCGCUUCCCGGCACUGACAGCGGGCGGAGGGAGGGCGGGAGGUAGCGGGCCGGGCCCCCCCCACCUCCCCAGCCCCGCUAUUAGUACCGGCCCUCGGCGGAGCUCGCCUCAGUGCGGAGCCGUCGCGGUCACCCACCGUCUCUCAGCACCAUGCAAGGGCUCAGCGCCGCGCCGCCCGCCGCCUUCCUCUUCUUCUUCUUCCUCCUCCUCAGCUCGUUGUUGCUGCUACCGGCGGCCGCGGCACCGAACGCCGAGCGGGAACUGAACCCCAGCAGCCGCCUGGCAGCGGGGGCGGCGAGGGUGGCAUUGCAUCACCUCAACUUCCAGACGGCGUCCCCCGGAGCGCUGCAGGCGCUGGGGCAGGUCCGCAAGGCCGCGCUGAAGAACAUCCCAGGCUCUGGUCACAAGUACUACCUGCAGUUCACUACUGAAGACUACAAAAGCGGGGAAAAUGCCGGGAGCUGCAUCGCUACAGUCUUGUAUCCGAAGAAAAAGUCUCCGCCUGUUGUCAAUAUCAAGUGCAUGCAAACCAAAGACCAGAAGCAGAUCCAAGAAGAGGACAACAGACUUUACCAAAAAAUAAGGCACCAAACCAAACCAAUAAUGGGAAACAAUAUUCCAGACAGCUAUGGCAAUAUUGAACCUGCCCUGGAGCCAGCAUGGGCUUUGGCUGUUGCUGGCAGCAGCUACAUAAUGUGGGAAAAGUCAACAGAGAACGUGGGUUACUUCAUGGCACAAGUCAAGUCCGUGAAGCAGUGGAUAAGGAAAGAUGAUUUUAUUGAGUUCGACUACACUGUCCUACUCCAUGAAAUUCCAACACAGGAAAUUAUUUCAUGCCACAUGCGCCUCACUUGGCUUCCUGGCCACCCUCUGAAAGUGAAAUACUUCUGUGCUUCAGAGAACCAGGGGCUCGAAGACAGCUCUGGAAUGGAAUCCGGAUCAGCUGCUGGGAUUUUACAGGAAACGGGAGCAAAUUUUUAAGAGAGACUGUCAGCUUUAUGUAUUUGUAUAAAAUGAGAAAAUCCUUGUGUUAAUAGACCUGGAGUUGGGGUAACUUUUCUAUACAAGUCGCACAGCAGUGAAUUUGAAUGCUUUCACUACUCUGCUUUGUUCCAAAAUUAAUUCCUCCGAUUUCUUAAACUGCAAGACUCACGUGUUCUAGAGUUCUACCUAAAACCUUUGCUACUACAUAUAUACCCAGCUAAACACACACAAGUUGAUUUUCUGUCACUAACUUUACUGUUACUUGGAGUAACAUAGUUUGUAAACAAAGUUUAAUAUAUUUGGAUAAAAACCUUGAGAAAAGUAUUAAUCUGUCACUAAGAAAUAUUUGUCUACUAAUUUUUUUGUUUCGUUUUUUGGGCUAGAUCCAUGCUGAUUUUUUUAACUUACGUCUCCAAUAAACCAAAUACCAUUACGCAGGGUCGAGGUUGGGUUUUGUUUCAUGAUGCUGCUGUUUGACCCCAACUUCCCAUCUUCUCCCAGCGUCUGGCCUUUACAGGACACGGACGAGCGUGGGCAGCGAGACGUCUCCCCACAAAGCCCGAGAGAAGCCAGUAACCAGCAUCUGCGCAGCCCGAGUCCCGCCGACGCGCCACCAUGCCCUGCAGUCUGAGCUGACACAAAAAGUUUCUUCUCUCAUUAUUUGUGAAGGCAACUUGGAAAAUAUUGAUGUAAGGAAAACAUGUUUUCUUGUCUCCCCACAUCUGUCACCAGUCCAGAAUGCUUUGUCAGACAGGAAUUGAGGAUGCUGUCCUCGUCUGUUUGUGGUACGACAGAGUUCUCGCUGUUUACCUGGAAGGGAAACAGACCUGCAGGGACAGGAAGGCUCUGAGCAGACGGAUUUUCACAUUUGGGGUGGUGAGGGAACGGCCCACUGCCAGAGUACCCCGUCAAACAGCUCACACUAACGACUGCCAUGUCUUGUACCCGGCCGGACACAACACAGCCCUACUGCAAGAACGCUUUUAUCCUUUCUCACCAAAUUCUCCCUUUGGGCUGACAGCAGACCCACCGUCCUGCCCUUGGUCUCUCAGAUUGCACCACACCGCCUCGAGCUCACCUUUUUUUUCCCCCCGUUAGCCAGAUUUCCGCCGGGUUAAAUGCACCCUGUAUCAGUAGCACACCUUCCUUAGGAACACAAGUGGUGGAUGCUCGCUGCCUGCUGGCAUGGGUACGUUCUUUGGAACCCGUGGUAUAUCGCGCUAUCAGUGAUCGGUAACGGUGAUUAAGGUAAAAGCUUUCACCGGGGGAUAUUCAGGCCGGGUGAUCUGUUAACCCCCCACAUUCAGACAUUUUAUACCAGUUGUUAAGAGUCUGAUACGCUUGUACUGCCUGAAGCUUUUUAUAUUGGCACAUAAUAAGCGUUACAAUAAAUUCAGUGAAGCAGCA